CCUGAGACCGAGCGGACGCGGGCUGGGUUGGGAGCAGCUCGGUGGGAUCCGAGCCUGACGGAGGGAGAGGCAGGGCGCGAGGGUGAACCCGGCAGCCGCUCCGAUCUCAGCGCACAGUCCCCGGCUGGCACAGUCCCUCGCAGGGCCUCCCCGCCACGCGCGCCGUGCCGAGCCCAGCUGCCCCAUGAAGCCUCCCGCAGCUCAGGGCAGCCCUGCGGCCGCCGCAGGCCCAGCCAUGGACUCCGCGGCUGCCGCAGACCUGACCGAUGCGUUGUGCGAGUUUGACGCGGUGCUGGCUGACUUCACGUCGCCCUUCCACGAGCGCCACUUCCACUACGAGGAGCACCUGGAGCAUAUGAAGAGGCGCAGUAGCGCCAGCGUUAGUGACAGCAGCGGCUUCAGCGACUCAGAGAGUGCAGAUUCACUUUAUAGGAAUAGUUUCAGCUUCAGUGAUGAAAAGCUGAAUUCUCCAACAGAGGCCACCCCAGCUCUGCUCUCAUCCACUGUUGCUCCUCGGAAAGCCAAAUUAGGAGACACAAAAGAGCUAGAAGACUUUAUUGCUGAUCUUGACAGAACAUUAGCAAGUAUGUGAAACGAGGAGUUCCAGGUCCUUUUAUUACAAGAGAGAAGCUUCAGAAAGCUCCGAGGACUUGGUAAAAUCAGCUACUAGAAUAUGCUGCCAGAGGCGAUAGAGAUGGACGCUCACCUACCACCAGGCCAUUCUUAGACUCACUUUCAAAUUAGCCCGUGGGCCCGUCUCUGGGCAAUUUAGACAGUGAAACUGACUUUGUUGACCUGCCUGCAGCUUAUUAGAACAGGUGAUCUAUGCUAAUGUAUUUUUCUCUUAAAACACAGCUUUCUUGUAAUUUAAAGUGCUUUUAUGAAAAUAUUUGUAAUUAAUUAUAUAUAGUUGAAAAUAGUAAAAUGCUCUCCCCAUUAUAAUAUAUUUUUGUAUGCAAAUAAAAUUUGAACUGGAGUCUAUA